GGCAGGGACUGGGUGGGUAGCAACAGUUGCCCUGGUGAAGACGAGGCGCCAUAGCCACGGUAGCCCUGGCGACAAGAACCCAGCAACGAGAAUCAACAACAACAACACCUGAAUCCACCAUAAAAAAUAAAAGAAGAUAUUUGACCAGUGGGGAAUUCACACGUAAAACCGGAGGGUGAAUCCCAGUUCUUGUAAUGGCCACCUCUGGCUAUGUAAGUGAGCUCCAGCCAGCAGCUCCAACCCAGGGAGCUGCUGUUACCAUCACACCAGGUCAACCUGACACCACAUCCACCCCUGCUCCCCAGUUCUUGGCAGAGAUUCAAACAACCGUGGCCACGCCCACUAUUGUCACGCCCGCUGACCAAGCCACCGCCGCAGAGCAAUCCACUGUUGUGACAACUCAAAAGCCGUCAAAUGGGAGUCAAACCCAAUCUGCGGCACCGACCCAAACAGGCCAGACGCAGUAUGUGACUGCAGAGAUCCAGGGCUCUCCCACCCAGUCUGGAAACGCUCAAAGCACUCCCCAGUUCAUUGUAGUUACAGUCACAGAGGGUUCCCUCAACUCAAGUGACAGUGUGUCAGAUUCCAGCCCGCCUCCUGCUGUAGUGCAGACAGGAGUUCCCACGCAGGUCGUACAGCAGGUCCAAACUGCCCAGCAGAGGUCAGUUGUGCAAGCCACAUCCCAAAUUCCCAAAACUGAGCCAGGCACUCAGCUGAGUGUCACCAGUCUACAGCCUGUGCAUCUCACCCAAGAGGUCCAGCAGCAGCUCACAUCAGUGCCGGUGCAACAUGUUUACACCAAUCAAGUGCAGUAUGUUGAAGGAGGAGACGCCAACUACACAGCCAGCACAAUUCGUUCCAGUAACUUUCCGUACACUGAAACCCCGCUGUACACGCAGACCACAGCUGCCCAGUACUACGACGGUCAGCCGACCUCCGGCUCGCAGGCCUCCACCCCUGGUACAUCUCUAACCGUCUCUGUAACAGCUGGCACCACCGGGGGCGUGUCCAUGUUUGUGGCACAGCCCACCAGUGCAACAGCGGGAGGGGCCACUGUAGUGACAGCAGGGGGUACCGCCAACGGAGCGGAGGAUGGAACCGGCACGAACGGUAGCGCAGCAGGCAGCUACGUAAUCCAAGGGGGUUACAUGCUGGGCAGCAGCAGUGGCGCAGGGGCAGCUGGCAACAGCCAGAGCUUCUCUCACACCGCCCGCGCCUCCCCAGCCACUGUGAGUAUUACAGAAGGCGAGGAGACUAGCGUGCCGUCGGCAGACAAGAAGGUACAGUGGUUGCUGGACAACUAUGAGACAGCUGAAGGAGUUAGUCUGCCGCGCUCCACCCUUUACUGCCACUACCUGCUGCACUGUCAGGAGCAGAAACUUGAGCCCGUUAAUGCUGCUUCUUUUGGGAAGCUUAUUCGGUCUGUGUUCAUGGGGCUGCGCACACGUCGCCUGGGAACUCGAGGUAAUUCUAAAUACCACUACUAUGGACUGAGAAUCAAGGCAGGCUCCUCUCUACUCCGUCUGAUGGAGGAUCAGCAACAUUUGGCCAUGAGGCAACAACCAUUUUCACAGAAACAAAGGUUGAAGCCUGUGCAUAAAGUUGAAGGAAUGACCAACGGCACAGCGGCAGGAGCGGGUCAGCAGCAGCAACAGCAGCAGGGCUCGGGCCACGUGGACAUCAGCACACAGGUCCAGCAGUACCAACAAUUCUUAGAUGCAUCCAGAGCUCUUCCAGAGUUCCCAGAUAUUGACCUCCAGGGCAAGUCGCUGCCAGAGGGAAUCGAACUGGAGCACAUAAAGAGCUUUCAACUGCUUUACAGAGAACACUGUGAGGCCAUUCUGGAUGUCAUGAUCAACCUGCAGUUCACGUUGGUGGAGACUCUGUGGAAGACCUUCUGGAGGUUCAGCCAAAGUCAGGCUGGAGAUGCUACAAUUGCUGUCCAUGAUGAGUCUGAGAAGCGUCUCCCCAAAUCCUGCUUGGUGUUGCUGUGCAAAUAUGAGCCAGUGCUACGAUGGAGCCGUGACUGUGACAACAGCCUGUACCAGAGCCUGGUGGAGAUCCUCAUCCCUGAUGUCCUCCGACCCAUCCCCAGUGCCUUAACUCAAGCCAUCCGUAACUUUGCCAAGAGCCUGGAGAGCUGGCUGACAAAUGCCAUGAUGAACAUCCCAGAGGAGAUGGUUCGCAUCAAGGUUACAUCCGCUAAUGCGUUUGCCCAGACUCUGCGCCGGUACACCAGUCUCAACCACCUUGCUCAGGCAGCCCGCGCUGUGCUGCAGAACACAGCUCAGAUCAACCAAAUGCUAUCUGAUCUGAACCGGGUCGACUUUGCAAACGUCCAGGAGCAGGCUUCAUGGGUGUGCCGCUGUGAGGACCGUGUUGUUCAGCGUCUGGAGCAGGACUUCAAGCUGACCCUCCAGCAGCAGAACUCCUUAGAGCAGUGGGCUGUGUGGCUCGACGGCGUGGUCUCUCAAGUCCUGAAGCCCUACCAGCACAGCCCUGCCUUCCCCAAAGCUGCAAAGCUAUUUCUCCUCAAGUGGUCUUUUUACAGUUCCAUGGUGAUCAGAGAUUUAACCCUGCGCAGUGCAGCCAGCUUCGGAUCCUUUCACCUGAUCCGCCUGCUGUACGACGAGUACAUGUACUACCUUAUAGAGCACCGGGUGGCUCAAGCGAAGGGAGAAACGCCCAUCGCCGUUAUGGGCGAGUUUGCCAGUUUGGGUCGAGGUCUGAACCAGCUGGAUCCCGACAAAGAGGAGGAAGAGGACGAGGAAGAGGAGAGUGAGGAAGAGGGUCAGGAGCUGUCCCUUCCGUCUGACGGGACCGGGCUGGGGGAGGAGUCACUGGAGCCGCCCGCCAAGCUGGCCAGAACUGAUCAGGGGGUCCUCUUCACGACCGGGUCGACCGAAAACUAACCAGAACCCAGCAGAAGAGAUUGAUCCCAUACAGAUGUACAAAGAAACACUAAUUUAUACGUUGGUUAUAUGAUAGAUCUCAUCAGUGUCUGUAAACACGUGUAGCAUAUAGUUUUGGUUGUGUCAUUUGUUUCAGUACACUCGCUCAAACCAUGUUUGUUUGCUGCUGCCUGGGGGGGAAGAGACCAUUGAUUCUUUUUGGGGGUAACGUUUCCCUAAAAGCUUCACAACCAGAGUAUGUCACUGCAAAGAGAACCUCCAGAACCAAAUGGGACACAUUCUCUGGCUCUCAUCAAAUAUUUGUUUCCCCAAGAACACCACAAACCCGUCACUGCCAUGUCAAAGUGGUCUUUCAAAUUGUGCAAACUGUGUGUAAACGGUGACGUCUCUGGAGAAAGUAGGCUUUAAGUGGAGGUUUCUUUAAUUUAUUGAAUUUGUUUGAUGUGGAGUGAAAAAACAAAAGGAGCGAUUUGUAAAAGACGCCCCAUCGUUUGGUAUUUUGAGUGACUCCUUGUUUGAGCACUGUGACCACCUCGCUACACUGUCAGUACUCCCAUUGAACACUUUUCCAUGCUUGUCUGAAUGUUGUAUGAUUGUGGGGUUUGCCACGUGUAACUGUAGAUAUUUUCCUGUAUUUUAACCAUUUGGGUUUGGGAAGUCUUUGACUGUAUUUGCCUGUAAAGGACAACAAACCAGUCUCCUGCUCUUGGAGUGCCUGUCACAGCUGCUAAACACAAACUAAAGAGGAAGCUAAAGCUGUUGACCAGGGACUCUUGUUAGUUGCUGCAAACAUCCUCACCAUUUUUACUGAAAUGUGGUCUCUCAAAGGGGUGGGGUGCUUCCGUGUGUCAUGUAUGUUCAAAGUGCUUCAACCCUGUCCUAGUGCAUUCUUCUGUGGCCUCGUUUUCCUUUUGAAAUCCUGUUUUUUUUGCCUUAUUUUAAUAUAGAUUUCCAAUAUUUUUGCCAAACCUUCUUUCUUUGAUCCCCGACUGCUUGUCUUUUAAAUUCUGUUUUAAUGUUUUAAGGAGGACUGUGCCUGAGUUAGUUUAAUCGAUACUUUUUACUGUGUAUUUAUUCACAACGUUGGUUUUUAUUUGUCACUAAGUGAGCCUCUUGUGCAGUGUAUGGUGCUGUGUUGUCACACAUUGUGGGAAAUCCUUCGUGUGCUUUACUGGUUUGUGACUGUCUGUUCAGGUUUCCAAACCAAUGAUUUAGAUCACAUACAGAUGUAGACCCCUGCCUCUUUGCACAUGCUGACUUUUUGUCUUCAAAAGCCACAGUAAUCACAGAUAUGUUUCUGUUUUCUUUGAAGCUUUACAGCUUAAUGUGUAGAUGGAGGUGUCAGAUUACAUGCAGACGCAGAUGCAGUGCAGAUCAAAGGAUCUGGUUGAUCUGACGGAUGCAGUCCUCCUCCACCACUCAUCCUCUGUGCAUCGUUGUCCUUUUUUUUGGUUUCACAUCAUAUUUUUUUGUCAAAACAUUUUCUUUAAUUCUCUAUUUCUUUGAGUGACGGCAUGUUUUCAACAAGUCUCAUCAACAAGCUUCAAACCAGCACUCCAUCCUUUCUACCGAGUCCCUCAGUUCUUCAUGAUCAGCAGAACGGUUUACCCAGUAAAAAUGUUUAGUCAUUUUUAUAGUGCAUUGUUACUCUGUACACAACACACUGAGAAAAACUAAGAUGUUCAGUGGCAGUGUUUGAUGAAUUUGGUCUGCUAUAAGUAUGACUGUGCCUUUGGAGGUGGUAGAAUGAAAUUCAGAUGUUUUUAAUUUUAAAGAGACAAAUUAAACAACAUGGAAAAAACAA